CGUCAUUUCUUCCGCGUUGGCCUGGCCGUGGACGGAGGUCAGCUGCAGAGACAGAGAGCGGCUCCACUGCUGGAAACACCGGCUGAUUUAUUCUGUUAUCAGCUCUACAUCUCUCUGAUCUCCUGACCAUGGGAAUCACCAUAUCCUCCCUGUUCUCUAAGCUCUUCGGGAAGAAGCAGAUGAGGAUACUGAUGGUUGGUCUGGAUGCUGCUGGAAAAACUACCAUCUUAUACAAGCUGAAACUGGGAGAGAUUGUAACCACUAUUCCAACUAUUGGGUUCAAUGUGGAAACUGUUGAAUAUAAGAACAUUUGCUUCACUGUGUGGGAUGUCGGUGGCCAGGACAAAAUCAGACCGUUGUGGAGACACUACUUCCAGAACACACAGGGGCUUAUUUUUGUAGUGGACAGCAAUGACAGAGAGCGAGUAGCAGAGUCUGCAGAGGAAUUGUCCAAAAUGUUACAGGAGGAUGAGCUGAGAGACGCAGUAUUGUUGGUAUUUGCUAACAAACAAGACUUGCCCAACGCCAUGCCAGUGAGUGAUUUAACAGACAAAUUGGGUCUGCACAGCCUGCGGAGCCGAACCUGGCAUGUUCAGGCUACAUGUGCAACCCAAGGCACAGGUCUUUAUGAAGGACUGGACUGGUUAUCCAAUGAACUGUCAAAGCGCUAAGACUGGAGAGAGAGAGCGUGAAAGAGACCACACUGGAAAAAAAAAACGAAGAGGAAAAACAACUGAAAGAGAGUGAAAGGAAAUAAGUGGAGAACGAAGAUGUGCUGGACAAAUAUUUCACUUUUGGAGGAAAGUAUUGUUAGGAGUAUAUCUGCUGGGUAGCAUUUGGAUGAACUUUUGCAAUCAGUUCCUGUUUUGAAACAUUUCUUUCUCAUUUUUCUUCCUUCCUCAAGUGGCACUCCAUACAGAAGGGUCUUAGACUGUUUAUUUAUGCCAAUAUAACCUUCAGCAGUACAAUGUUUUAAGUUGCAUGUUUUAAGAAAGACAUAAUCUUCUGUGUUUGUGAGAAGUCUUAUUGUGUUUUAUGGGUUUGGGUUGGGAGAUAACUGGCUGUUCAUUAAAAAAAGACAGAAAGGAAUGAUUGGAGGCCAGGUUGAGCUCCUACUCCCCAGUCUUGAAUUUGGUCAUUCCACAAUGAUUCCUUUGAAGGCCAGAUUCAUUCCAUUAGUAUAUAAGGGCCUUUAGUCACAUUAAAGGCCUUCAUGAUGCAAUAAACAUCUUUUUUUCUCUUAAA